GCCCGCCACGACACCAUUUAAUUUGGGCGUUCAUUAGGGGGCCGUCUAGAAGUAGGUUCAAUCCCCAAGCAUGCCACAACGAAAUACAGUCGAUAUUUCGGAAAAUUCACUUCCUAUGGUAUCAAUAAAACGACCAUGAGCAUGUCUGAGUGUACGCGUAGGCACUCGGUGCAAAAGGACGACCACCGCCACCGAUUGUCAGGCAGAGUUCAUAGUCGUAGGCCUAGGAGGAAAAAGAUAGAGUUUUUUGGUGCACAAGCCGUUGAAUAAGCGCCGGUGAAGCUGCAAGCAGAAGUGAACGACAAAAAAAAACAAGAAAACAAAAAACAAAAACAAAAGACCGGGCCGACCGUGGCUAUGCUGUGAAUCCGGCAACUUCAGCUUUGAAUUUGAUGCCCGGUCUCUCCAUCACCUCCACUUCGAUGAGCUCGUCCAGAUUCUCGUACCCAGAUGCCGACACUUCCAUCUACUCGUCCGACGGCAUCCUCUUCCGGCUACACCGCAUCAACAUCACCCUCAAUUCUCACAUCCCACUUCAAGACGGCCGUCUUCCUGAAUCGUCCAGGAUACUCGAACUUUUAUUCCAAUUCCUUUAUAAUCAACCACAGCCGGACCUUGCCGAGCUUACAUUUGCUGUUCUUCUCCCGCUUGCUGAGGCGGCUCACAAAUAUCGAGUCUACGCUGCUAUCAGCUCCUGCAGGAACGCGAUUCGCUGUUUGAUACCUGCUCACUCGCUUCCAAUUCUCAGCGCUGCACUCAAAUGGAAAGACCGUUCACUCGUGGACGAGGCAGCCAAGCAUACCAUUGCUCUUUCUGCUGAAGAAAUCGUACGGUCACUGGACAGUGCAUAUCUGGCGCCUUGGAUUCUAUAUCAUCGCUCAUGGAUGUCCGCCCUUUCCGCUGCUCUGCGCUUCCGCGACCCCAUUUCUCGUCACUGGGAAGGCACGAAAGACCAAGUCGGCGCUAAACCUAUGGCCAAUCCCUGUGAAGUCUGGACGGAGCUCUGGGCUACUGUCGCGUUCGACUUGGAGGGACACCCAGAAAAACUCAUAGAUGGAGGGAGCAUAUGGAGAAGGGCGCGGGAGACGCUGGGACUGAGAUGCACGGCGUGUGAAGUGUGGCUAGAUGAGUGGGAAGCCGAAUUUACGUGGAGGAUGGGCAAGGUGCCAGGAUUCUGGGAGGUCGCAUUUGGAAAGAAUAUCUAGGACCAAGUGUGAUGCCCAUAUUUGGGUUGCCACGCGAGUACGCGAGUCUUAGUCCUUACCAUCAACAUGCAGCCUCCAAAAUGCGGUUGGUGUGCUACCUGUCCAUGAAUACGGAAUAAGAUGCCAGCUCUCAACGUGGGGCCGGGGAUUCCCAGAGCAACACAG